UUGGAGAACAUCAGCCAGGCUGCCAGUGCGCACUUGGAGAACAUCAGCCAGCCUGUCAGUGCGCACUUGCAGAAGACCAGCCAGGGUAGCAGUGCACACUUGGAAAAGAAGAGUCAGCCUGGCAGCGAACACUUGGAGAGUACUAGCCAGCUAGACACCAGGGACUUAAGGAAUGAGAAACUGAGGCCAGCUCUCCAAGGUGACAAUAAGGUUUCCCCUGUCACCCAGAGCAGCAGCAGCCCCAGAAGCUGUAGUGGAGGCACAGAGGUGAGAACCACUACCAACGGCCAAGCUGGGCCAUCUUGUGAGGACAACCUGCAGUCUUCAUCGCAUCAUACCCAGCGCCGAAAAGGGAUGGCAAGAAGGGUUUUAGGAUUUUUUAAAAGAUUGCUGUGUUGCACUGGAGAAAAUAAAAAACCCCGCGUGAAAAUGACACGGGUGGUACCGAAAUAAUGUUCCAGCGUGGAGUGUCGGUGGCCACACUUCACCCAGCCACCAUGAGGACAAGAGAGUUCACUUGGCCAGAGAGUAAGGAGAAGACAGGGAACUCAUCAAAACAUUGAGCGGGACAGUUCACCACCGCUCACUCGGCCAGAUGCACGGAGAGGUCAGUUAACCGCAGCUCACUCAGUCAAACGCAAAGCAACCUCAGGACUUGAUUUCUGGAUAAGAAAAGAAUUCAGAGCCAAGACCCAAACUCGCUAGAGAAAAUUUAUUUGAGCAAACAAAGAGUGGGGGUCUACCACAUCUACCACAUGACAACCACACGCUGGAGGAGAAAAGACUGGUAUAGGGGAUACCUCCUAAAGCACAAAAUGUUACAGGGCAUUUUUCCUAAGUCCUUUAUCCACAUCAAGGAAGUGACCAUUGAAAAAAGAAGAAAUAUUGAGAACAUCAUUCCUGCAGAAAUUCCUCUGGCACAAGAAGUGACAACGACGCUUUGGGAAUGGGGCAGCAUCUGGAAACAGCUCUACGUGGCCAGCAAAAAGGAGCGCUUCCUCCAGGUGCAGGCCAUGAUGUACGACCUGAUGGAGUGGCGGUCCCAGCUCCUCUCAGGAACGCUGCCCAAGGACGAGCUGAAGGAACUGAAGCAGAAAGUCACGUCCAAAAUCGACUAUGGCAACAAAAUCCUUGAGCUUGAUCUGAUUGUCCGAGAUGAAGAUGGAAAUAUCGUGGAGCCUGAUAACACCAGCGUCUUCAGCUUCUUCCAUGCACACCAGGAAGCAACUGAAAAAAUCACAGAGCGUAUCAAGGAAGAAAUGUCAAAAGAUCAGCCAGAUUAUGGAUUGUCUUCCCGGAUCUCCUCAUCCCCUACCCACAGCCUCUAUGUCUUUGUGAGAAAUUUUGUGUGCAGAAUUGGGGAAGACUCUGAGCUCUUCAUGUCUCUGUAUGACCCCAACAAGCAAGCCGUCAUAAGAAUGCAAUCUGCGUGGGAGCAGGGGACAAGCCUAUGAAUGAAUAUUGGUCCAUAGUGUACUAUCAAGUCAAACAGCCACGGUGGAUGGAAACAGUCAAGGUGGCUGUCCCCAUCGAAGGCAUGCAGAGGAUCCAUCUGCGAUUCAUGUUUCGACAUCAGUCAUCCCUGGAAUCUAAAGAUAAAGGAGAAAAGAACUUCGCCAUGUCCUACGUGAAGCUGAUGAAGA